AUGACAGCAGUAGCUGUGGAAUCUUCUGAUGCUUUGGAAGGGCGCGGGCCUUCAGACCUCCAGGUGCAAAACACCUUCAUCGCCGGCUUCGGGCCCGGCGACGAUAUCAUGGUGCCUCCGAAGCCACUGUCAGCUCCAGGAGCUGUUACAGGAGGUGCUUUGCGCCUUCACUCGUUGCCCGAAUCCUGCGAGAGGUGCGACGUAAGCGCUGAUGAUUGCGUGGCUGAGUUGGAAACAAACUUUGACUCUGACGUGGCUGAUGCUGGGCCAUCCAGUUCCAGUGAAGGCGGAAACCCAGACCUCCUCCAUGCCAAGGGUCGCUGUCAGCCUUGCUUAUUCCAAAGCAGGUACUUUUCAGAUCCAGAAACAUAUCCUGCCUGUACGAAACCUGAUUGCCUUGCACGAUACUGUCACCUCCCUCAUAGUGAGGACUACAUUGCAAAGUACAAGUCUUACAAGCGGCGGUACGAGAAGAAGAAUCGCACAGCAUACCGAAAACAACUGGAGGCUCUUUGA